AUGAUUCCAAAUAGACCUUUUUUCGGAUCGCAUUCGGACACGUCCGCCAUAAACGUCAAAAAUUUGGUGACUGACCUCUUCACACAGAUGCGGGAGCCUUCCCCAGGGGCUCCAAGCCCAAGAGGGUCUACAGGGUCUCUGAACAAUGGUGCGGUCACACGGAACUUCGGCUUCCAACAGCAGAACGGCUCUGAACACCUGCCCUGGAGUAGCCCCGCGAUCUCUUUGCCCGGGAAUUGUAAUUCUAACUUGACUAACGACUCAUCGGGCUUGGUACGGAGUAUCAGCAAUGCUUCCGCCCUCACUUCACUGUGCGCCGAUCUGUCGCCAUCCGACUCACAUUUCUUUGAGGUACUUUACAUAGGCAAGGUUAGGAUUUCUCAAAGAAAGGUUCCAGAGAGCCUGAUAGACGAUGCACUUCAUAAGUUCGCUCAGCACGAGGCUGAGAAACUCAAGAAUCAGAGGCGGCACAGCCUUAUAUCUUCCACAGCGAAUUCUCUUUACAGUACUAGUUCUUCAGAAAACUUAAAAGAUGACGCAAAGACUGAAACCAUUAGUGAAAAUUUACGCAACCGGAAUAGUAAUCUGGUAACAAGCACUACACCUUUGGAACCAGAUAAAAACCACGUUUGGAAAAGUGUUGAGAAUUUAGAACAAAUUAAAAGGGACCAUCAACUUAACCAAAGUCAAAACAAUGAAAUUGAUCAGGAAUUCGAUGUGUUCACAAAAGAGAGAGUUGAGAAAACUACUCAAAUUCGUAAACCGUCUCAAUUGCCUCUAGAACCUUCUUCUCUAGUAUUAAAUUUACCAACAAAUUUGGGCACAGUGAAGGAAGAUGAGGAAAAGGCUGACGAUAUUCAAUCAGUAAUAUCUGAAACCGCAUCAUCUAUAACACAAUUUUGUCAAUCGAAUUUUCUUGACGACACAAAAAAAUCUGAUUUAAGCACUAAUACAAUUAGAGAUAAUAAUCCCUUCCACAAAGAACUUAUUGAAGCACCUGGUGAUACAAAUAUUAUAGAUGUGAAAAAUCCUUUACUCAAUAUUCCAACACAAAUUGGCUUAAUUGAGAAGGAAACCGAAGUACAAACAAAGUACGAGUCCAAGGUUGAAACAGAAAAUAACUUAUUAUCAAAUAAUUAUGAGAACAAAACAAUCCCUCAAAAAUUCUCUUCAGAACUUAUACUAAAUAGAAAUGGUGAAAACAACAAAAAAAGCAUUAUGCCCGAGAAUAAGCCAUUUUUAAGAGAUAGGUCUGCUUCCAUAGGGACGUUAAAUUUGAAGACGCCUCUUGCACAGUUAAUUGGCGAACAAAACAGGACCAUGCUAUUUCAGGUUGGUCGGUCAGAGCUUCGUCUUAUCAGUCCAGACAGGAAGCAAAUCCUCCUCCACAGAGCGUUUAAGGAUGUUGCCAGCUGUGUGCUGGGUAGAAGCAAUAAGGACCAUUUUGGGUUCGUGUGUCGCGAGACCAACGAGACCUACGCUUGCUAUGUGUUCAAAUGCGAGAGUGAUUCUGUCGCGACUGAAGUUGUCAAUGCCAUAAGACAAGCGUUCAUUGCGCAUGCGGAGUUGCUGAAAAAGUCCAGGGAGAAGUCGCCCAACAUGACAUGCGAGCAUUGUCCAAUGCUCUGGUACCACCGGCUGUGUCACGAUAUCGAAGGUAUGAACGAGAAGAAAACCCACGCGUUCAUCCUGCGUCGCAUCGAGCAGUUACCUGAAGAUGAGCAGGAUCUCAUCGUCACAAAGUACCAGGGCGGUACUAACCAUAUUUUUGAGGUCGGCGAACACAAUGCUUUCCUGAUGAUGCUUCUUCGCGCUCAUUGUGAAUCGAAGCAGCAAAGGCAUGUUCACGAUACAGCCGAGAAUCGGUCAGAGUUCCUAAACCAGUACUUGGGCGGCAGUACGAUAUUCAUGAAGGCGAAACGCUCGCUCUCGAGUGGCUUCGAUCAUUUGCUAAAGAGGAAAGUGAGCAGAGAUGACAUGGUUGCACAGCAGGGGAAAAAGGAGCCGUCACAAGUCCCCCCACCAAUUGUGACGGAAACAACAUCGGAGCAGUCAGGAUCAGAGAUGUCGCCGGACGUCACUCGGUCCAAGUCCACGUCUCCAGCCGCGAAUGCAGUCGAGAAAGAGCAACCGUCAUCACCACCUAAGGCCGUCAUCCCGCCUGCAGUUGAAGAGGAGUCGGAAGACGUGAGGGAUGACACCCCGCCCGUACAUUCUCCAAUGAUGGAUAUAUUCCUCAAAGUGAGCGAUAACCGACCGACCGCAACUGAGACUGGGGCAGAGUCGGACGCCACCUGGCGGCAAGCGAUAUACGAGAAGGCGAUCCAGCCGCCUGAAGUAGAGGAAGAUGAACUCACUUCUACUCAUCUUCUUGGUCGCCCGAAGAUCAACCAAGGCAAGCGGAGCAAAGAACAGUUGAGGCAGCUUUGGAAGAUGGCAAUCGACCAGACCAUCCUCCUGGUUAGAAUGGAGAAGGAAAAUGCCAGGUUGAAAGAGAGCGAGGAAUCGUCCGCGGUGCGGCGGCUGAAGCUGGAGUACGAGGAGCUGGGCGGGUGCGAGGCGGGCGCGGCCGGCAUGUGGGAGGCGCUGCUGGCGGGCGAGCCCGCGCAGCGCGCCGCGCGCGUCGACCGCCACAUGCUCACGCAGGCCGUGCGCAGAGGCGUGCCGCGCGUGUCCCGAGGCGCAGUGUGGUACUUCCUGGCUGAGCAAGCCUGUCUGCGCUCGCCGCCGCCUGAGCCGCGCGCCUGCCCGCUCUACCACACGCCCUACCGCACGCUGCUCGCCGGGCUCACCAAGCACCAGCACGCGAUACUCAUCGACCUCGGUCGCACAUUUCCGAAGCAUUCGUACUUCGCGGCGGCGCUGGGCCCCGGUCAAUUGGCGCUCUACAAUAUUCUGAAAGCAUAUUCUUUGUUGGAUCCAGACGUGGGCUACUGCCAGGGCCUAAGUUUUGUGGCCGGAGUUUUGCUACUGCAUAUGGAGGAAGCAGAAGCGUUUGUGCUACUGAGGCACCUGAUGUUCCGGCGUGGUCUGAGGAAGCAGUACCUGCCCGACAUGAGCGCUCUACAGGUUCAGUUGUACCAACUGUCCCGGCUGCUUCGCGACCAUGAACCGGAGCUCCAUGCCAAGCUGGAGAUGCUGGACAUCUCGCCCGCACUGUACGCGGCGCCCUGGAUGCUCACACUCUUCACCAGCCAGUUCCCUCUGGGUUUCGUCGUCAGGGUUUUUGAUCUCAUCUUCUUGGAAUCUUUAGACGUAAUGUUCACUGUAUCGCUGGCGUUACUCUCAGCGCACAAAGACGGCUUGAUGAUGUGUGAGAGCUGCGAGGAAGCUGCCGAGUAUCUCAAGCACAAGCUGCCCGACAUGGACAAGGUGAUCUACCAGAAGGUCAUGAAGAAGGUACAAAGCCUGGACAUCACACGGCAGCUAAGCGAGUACGCCGUAGAGUACGCGGUGCUUCGCGAGGAGAUGCCACGUCUGGCCGCACUGGCCGACUCCAACCGCCAGCUGACCGCCGACAAACAGCGAAUGGCGCUGGAGUUAGAUUCUGCAAUGGACGCGAUAUCAAAUUACCAGAAGACACAAGCACGUCUCGGUGCCCAGAACAAAGCCAUGGAGCAACAACUAACACUGCUCAGCCGCUACAUAGCGAACCAUAGACAAGACGUGCCCGUAGAAGUGAAAAGAAUCAUCCAGAUGUACAAUAGGAAAACGUCAUUCAGCUCGAAAAUCUUCUCCUCCAAGUUCACGGCGAACGAAGAGGAAGAAGACCCGAAGAAGAACUUCAAAACGGGCGUCAGCGCCCCGAAUCUAUUUUCCAAAAUAUCCAAAGAGGACGUGAUGAACGCGGUGAACAAUGAGAGGAACAAAUCCUCGCCAGAAACAGACAGGAAGCACUUCCUCAUGAAGAAGUCUCAGUCUAUCCACUCCGGACUCAUGGCGAACAAACACUAUCCCAUGAAAGUUCUAGAAGAAAAAUCGGAAAACCAAUCUCAAUUCCGGACGGAAAUUAUCUCUGAAUCUCUUAAGGAGUUAGGGAGGAGAAAUUCAGGAUAUUUCGCCAACACCCACGAACAGAUCCGCCAAGAGAGACUCUUUGAGCAGCAGUUGAAGCACGACUUCGACGAGAAUCUAAAGAAACUGGACCAAAAAUUGACACCGGAUUCAUAUUUGGACGACUUAAGCAUAUUUCAGAGCAAGAAGAGCAUGUCACUGAAUUUGAAACCUAACACAAAGGCGCACGAAUCAAAAUUGAUCGACAGCGGAUUCGUGACACCUUUGAGCCCGAACGAUAGCGACAAAAGAGACGACAAUGUGUCGGUCAUAUCUCAUCCGCUGAGCGACUGCGAUGUCGACAUCAAAUUCGACGGGCAAUCGACUAAGCUGAAGCAAAUUCGACCGUUAAAACCUCACAAUGUCGACGCGGCUCAUAUAUAA